AGAACAGCCUGUCUUAAAAAGAUCUGAAGUACAAUAUAAUUAUAGAAUCCAUCAAAAUGAAAACUUGAGUCACAGACCCGGGAAGGUAGUUGCUCAACACGCCCACUCCCCAACACUUCCACAUCUCAGUGUAUAUAACAGCUGACUCCAGCACAGAAACUCAGAAGCAUCCAACGAGCAAGUAUGAGGUCAUACAGUCUGUGCAUCAUAACAAGCCUGGCUCUCACAGUUUACUGUGCUCCAGCAUCACCAACAUCACCAGCACCACUCACUGCCCAGGAUGAAAGUUUAGCAGAGAGCUACCUGAAGAACUUCUUCAACCUCACAGAGGAGAGGGGUCCAAAUGCCAGACGGGGGAUCAGUCCGGUGGCCAGGAAGCUGACUGAAAUGCAGCGAUUCUUUGGCCUCCAGAUAACUGGGUCCCUUGAUGCAGACACGGUAACAUUGAUGAAGAAGUCCCGCUGUGGCGUCCCAGAUGGAAACAUUGCACAAUUCUCCACCUUUGGAGGCAGCCCUAAGUGGGGAAAAAACAGCCUCACCUACAGGAUCGAGAACCACACACCUGAUAUGUCCGUGGCAGAGAUCGAUGACUCCAUAGAGAAAGCUCUGCAGGUUUGGGCCAAAGUCACUCCUCUGAGAUUUACAAGAAUCCACAGGGGCACCGCUGACAUCAUGAUCUCCUUUGGCAGCAGAUCACAUGGAGAUUAUUACCCCUUUGAUGGCCCUGAUGGCACUCUGGCCCACGCCUUCGCCCCCUCCCAAGGCAUUGGAGGAGAUGCUCACUUUGAUGACGAUGAGACCUUCACUUUCCGCUCGAACAGAGGUUAUGUCCUCUUUAUGGUGGCUGCCCAUGAGUUUGGUCACUCCCUUGGUCUGUCUCACUCUGAUGAUCCUGGCGCUCUCAUGUACCCUGUGUACACAUACAGAAACCCUGACACCUUUGUGCUGCCCCGUGACGACAUUAAUGGAAUCCAGACUCUCUAUGGUUCAAACCCUGACCCUAAGGAUCCUGCUCGCCCUGAACCAGAGGCCCCCACUACCCCUGAUUCCUGUGACUCAACCAUGGUUUUGGACGCUGUAACCACCCUGCGAGGAGAGAUGCUCUUCUUCAAGGACAGCUUCUUCUGGCGCAGCCAACCCCAGAGCUACACACCGACACAAAGUCUCAUCACAGGCUUCUGGCCCAACGCUCCAGUCAACAUCGAUGCUGCUUACGAAAGCCGGCAGUCAGACAAAAUCUUCCUCUUUAAAGGCCGCAGGGUGUGGGCUUUCGCUGGCUAUACUCCCGUUCGUGGUUAUCCUAAAAGACUGUCCACUUUUGGUCUCCCAAGAGGUGUGCGGAAAAUCGAUGCAGCCCUGUACGACGCUGACUCUAGCAAGACUCUGUUCUUUGUGGGCAACAAUUACUACAGUUACGAUGAGGCCAGACGGACCAUGGACCGCGGCUUCCCCAAGCGGGUGGAUGAGACCUUCAGCGGCUUUGACAGGAAGGUGACCGCAGCUUUCCAGUACAGAGGUUUCACAUACAUCUACAGUGGACCCUACAUGUUUGAGUACGACCUGAGGAGUGGCAGGUUGUUCCGCGUGCUGAGGAACGGCUACUUCCUACGCUGCAAUAAUUACUAGACCACUUUUCUGCUGUAGAAACGUUGUCUAUGUCACCACUUUUGAUUAGAAUGAAUGUACACUCACAGUGUUGAAAUGAUAUGCUUUAAAUGUUUUAUUUUUCAAAUAUGUUUUGUAAUAUUUAUUUGUAUCAUUUCUAAUUAGAGUUUUAAAGAAAC